UGAACUGUGCAAUUUUCAAGAGUCAAUAUUAGGGUUUGAUCCUUUUAUCCCCUUCUUGCCAGAGGCUAUUUGAGAAGUGGAAGAGAAAGUACUUAGUUUGGAGCUAUUUCUCAUCAUUGUUUGCUGACCAUAUAGUAGGAAGUGAAUUUAGUUUGAUAAAUGAAAAUUUGCAGCAAUAGUAUACUGACCAUAUUUACUAAAAAGUUGUAUGCCAUCUCACCGUUUGGUGUAUGUAUCUUUGUUUGGUUUGACCCGAAUGUGUUGCCAUGUAAAGAAACAUUGAUUGAGUCAUAAUUGUUUCUCCGAGCUGGCUUUUGUUUGUUGUCUUCCUCUUUUUCCUCUUAUGUUAUGGCAUCCGGUUUGCUGACCUCAACCAGUUGCAUAAAAAACCAGAAAUCUUCCUUGGAUGCUAACCUUUCGCUGUCAGAUGAUGAAAACAUGAAUGGCUCCUCAAAUCUAUAAGACAAAUCCUGCGUGUCAAAAAUAGGACAGGGUACAUAUCUCACAUCUGUGUAUUUUUGCAUAUUUCAUAAGGAAAUGUGAAGCAGGAGGAAUAAGAGAAGAGGUUAAUUGGACUUACGAUGUACAAGAUGCAAUUUGGCGUUGACCUUGAGUGAAUUCUAGCCUCCUCAAUUGAAAGCACAAUGGCAUUGAAGCCAAAGAAAGGAUGGAAGUCGAUUAUACCACUUCGUUUGAAAGGCAAACCAGCGAUCCAAUUCUGUUUCCUUACUAAAUCUAAGUCAGAUUGUUAUGGCCCUGGCGAUACACCGGUUUAUCUUAACGUGUACGACUUGACACCUAUGAAUGGUUAUGUAUAUUGGGCGGGCUUUGGUAUCUUUCAUUCCGGAGUGGAAGUGCAUGGUAUAGAAUACGCGUUUGGAGCUCAUGACUAUCCUACUAGUGGUGUGUUUGAAGUUGAGCCGCGACACUGCCCGGGCUUCAAGUUUAGGAAAUCAAUAUUCAUUGGGACUACGAAGUUGAACCCUACCCAGGUCAGGGAGUUCAUGGAGCGCCAAGCUGCUAGCUACAAUGGCGAUUCGUACCACUUAAUCGUGAAAAACUGCAACCAUUUCUGCAAGGACAUAUGUUACAAGCUUACGGGCAAGAAAAUCCCAAAAUGGGUGAACCGGCUUGCAAAACUAGGUUCAAUGUUCAACUGCAUGUUACCCGAGGCUCUAAAAAUCGCUGCAGUUCAACACGACCCUACUGGACCCGAGUACGAGAGUGAGAAGAGAAGGCUGAGAAGCGCUUUUAGUUGCCUUUCUUCGAUUUCAACAAGGCAGAGGCAACUCUCAACAUCCUCGUUGUUCCUACAAUCUCCAUUAAAGGGCUGCUUACCUUUGUGGGAACUAAGAAGGUCAACCAAUCGCUCCCUGAAGGAAAGAACACAAUGAAAAUCGAACACAGACAGACAGAACGACACAAAAAGAUAAGGAAAAGGAAAGGGUUUGGAUUAAUGUUGUCUCAAAACACUGGCAAUAAGUUCUAACAGCAGUGUCAUAAUACUCUCAUCUGAAAGGUACUAUUAUUGCACUUAAGUACACUACGAAAUGUAUACUUUGUUGUUUUA